AUGUCAAAGGGUAAGGUUUGUUUAGCAUAUUCCGGUGGUUUGGAUACCUCCGUUAUUUUAGCAUGGUUAUUAGAACAAGGUUACGAAGUUGUUGCCUUCAUGGCCAACAUUGGUCAAGAGGAAGACUUUGAAGCAGCAGAGAAGAAGGCUUUAGCUAUUGGUGCAACCAAGUUUGUCUGUGUUGAUGUUAGAAAAGAAUUUGUCGAGGAAGUGUUAUACCCUUGUGUUCAAGUUAAUGGUAUUUAUGAGAAUGUUUAUCUCUUAGGUACCUCAUUGGCUAGACCUGUUAUUUCAAAGGCCCAAAUUGAUGUCGCUGAACAAGAAGGCUGUUUUGCUGUCUCCCAUGGUUGUACUGGUAAGGGUAACGAUCAAGUUAGAUUUGAACUAUCCUUUUAUGCCCUCAAGCCAGAUGUCAAGGUCAUUGCUCCAUGGAGAGAUCCUGAAUUUUUCAAGAGAUUUGCCGGUAGAAAAGACUUGUUAGACUAUGCAGCCGAAAAGGGCAUUCCAGUCACCCAAACCAAAUCAAAGCCAUGGUCCACUGAUGAAAACAUGGCACAUAUUUCAUUCGAAGCAGGUAUUCUCGAAGAUCCAGACACUACUCCACCAAAGGACAUGUGGAAAUUGACUGUCGAUCCGCAAGAUGCGCCUGAUAAGCCUGAAGACUUUGAAGUUGAAUUCUCCAAGGGUAAACCAGUUAGAUUGACCACUAGUGACGGUAAGUCUGUCAGUGAUCCAUUAGAGUUAUUCCUAACUGCUAAUGCAAUUGCAAGAAGAAACGGUGUUGGUAGAAUCGAUAUUGUUGAAAACAGAUUUAUUGGUAUCAAGUCAAGAGGUUGUUAUGAAACUCCUGGCUUAACCCUCUUAAGAUCAACACACAUUGAUUUGGAAGGUUUGACAUUGGACAGAGAAGUUAGAGCGAUUAGAGACUCAUUUGUUACCCCAACAUAUUCCAAGUUAUUGUACAAUGGUAUGUACUUUACUCCAGAAUGUGAGUACGUUAGAACCAUGAUCCAACCAUCUCAAAACACUGUCAAUGGUGUCGUUAGAGCCAGAUGUUACAAGGGUAACCUCAUCAUCUUGGGUAGAUCUUCUUCUACUGAGAAAUUAUAUGAUGCGACUGAAUCUUCCAUGGAUGAACUAACUGGUUUUGAGCCACAAGACACCACUGGUUUCAUCGCUAUUCAAGCAAUUAGAAUCAAGAAGUAUGGUGAAAAGGUUAGGGAAGACGGUAGCUCAUUAGCUUUAUAA